AUGGUGACUCCUGUUGGGAAGCAGAAAAUGGAUGUCAAGGAGGAGUGCAUGCCCACCAAUGAACCUCCCAGACCCAAGGUACAACCUCCCUCCCUCUCUCUCUCUCUCUCUCUCUCUCUCUCUCUCUCUCUCUCUCCCUCUCUCUCUCUCUCUCUCUCUCUCUCUCUCUCUCUCUCUCUCUCUCUCUCUCUCUCUCUCUCUCUCUCUCUCUCACUAAUGAACCGAAGGCAUCAGCACAGCAGGCAGAGUUUUGUUUUCUUGCCAUAUUUAAUCAUUUGUUUAACAUUUACAGUUAAUAAUAUUUUCUUGAUUUGUUUUAGUCAUCACCUUUUGAUGUGUUGGCAGCUAUAGCUGCAAAGAUGGUGUUUAGAAUCCUGCACACAUCCACACACCCUGUACUUUCACUACUCUCCACAGCCCAACCCACUAUAAUGCUGACUGCUCACUUCUCCCAAAUGAAGCUCAGCUCAGCAACAGCUUUGCACUUUGGCUCUUUCCAUUCCUGCCUUUUUGUUUUGCCCCCAUAAUUUCUGUGAAAAUCCCUGUUUUUGUUGAUAGUAAUGGUGGGUGUUGAAUUAUUGAAGACAGUCAGAGCUGUGUGAAGACCCCCAGAGCUCCCUGAAGAGAUGAUGUGUCUGUACUAUGUAGUAACAAGACAAGGUCUUAGUCUCCCUGCUCUGGCAGACUGGGGGGAGAGAGAGAGAGAUAGAGGGAGAGAACACGGCAUGGUUAUGCUGACAUAUGCAAUCUGUCACUGAAAUGCUCAAACACAUACCUACCUGUACACAGAGCACUUGUUCCCUGCAUUCUGAGUAGUCAGGACUCUUUCUUUCUUUCUUUCUUUCUUUCUUUCUUUCUUUCUUUCUUUCUUUCUUUCUUUCUUUCUUUCUUUCUUUCUUUCUUUCUUUCUUUCUUUCUUGCUGUGUCUCUCUUUCUCUUUCUGGUUUACUGAGUGUUUUUGAUGCAUGCAGCUGUUCGCAAGAGGCCUUUUAGAACACUGCAACUUUUUGUUCACACACAGUAGGGGUUGGGGUGAAGGGAUGGGUGAGUGAGUGAAAGAACAGAGGAAUAUGAAAAACAGAAUCCAUUCCGCUCUGUCUCCACUGCUAACACUCACCAAGUGCUCUCUCUCUCUCUCUCUCUCUCUCUCUCUCUCUCUCUCUCUCUCUCUCUCUCCGUGUGUGUUACAGGAUGGCUACAGUGUAUCCCAGUGUAUCUCCCAGCCUACCACCCCUGGUGCCAUGCCUGUCCCCUCUCCCCUGUCCCACAGCCCAGCCAGCCUGUCCUCCUACCAUGGGGAUGACAGUGACAGCAUCAGCAGCCCCGUCUGGCCAAAGACUCCCUCCAGCCCUGUAUGUGACACUCUUCCUUACAUUUCAACCAAUAUCUUCUUUUAUUUUAUUUUUUAUUUUUUCAGUAUGAUGACUGAUGUGAGUAGUUGUGUCAGUUUGCAAGGUUGGAGCUAAUUCCAUAUCUCUCUCCAUCUCUUCCGACUCAGAAGCCCAACUCGUCCACCAUGACUAACGAGCGAAUCACAGGUCUGUAUGAUAUGGGUGGGGAGCCGGAGAGGCGUGGCUGGGUGGACCAUUACCUGUCCUUUAUGGAGGAGAGGGGUACACCUGUUCCCCACCUCCCUGCCGUGGGCAAGAAGCCCCUGGACCUCUACAGACUGUACAUGGUGGUCAGGGAGAUAGGGGGGCUGGCCAUGGUGAGAGACAACCACUGAGUUCAUUUCAUUAUGUCUUAUAGGACUGAUAUACACUGCUAAGUGUUUUUCUCAUGUAUUGCAAAAUACUGUUGCGCUAUACACUAUUUAUGUGGUUGAUUAGACUUGUCAAUAUCACUUAUUUGGUAGUAGCUUUGAAGUGGGACAAAGCAACUGGUUAGCAGUUACAAGCCAGGAUACAUACAGCGGACUAACAUGCCAUUGUGUUAAUGCUCUGUCUCCUGUCUCCCUCCUCAUCCCCCCUCUCCUCCCUACCAUCCUCUCCCCUCCAGGUGAACAAGAACAAGAAGUGGCGUGAGCUGUCCACCAGCCUGAGUGUUGGUACCUCCAGUAGCUCAGCCAGCUCUCUGAAGAAGCAGUACAUCCAGUACCUGUUUGCCUAUGAGUGUAAGGUGGAGCGAGGAGAGGACCAGCCGGCCGACAGCAACACUGGGACUGGGGGGGACAACAGGAAGCAGGCCAAGUUGCAGCUGCCCUCUCCUGGUAAGGACCAGUACUUAUAAUGAUGAUGAUGACGGUGGUGAUGGUAGUGGCAGUGGUGGGGGUGAUAAUGAUGUUGUGUAGACUGUAAUUUUGGCAUAUAAUUGGAAGAUUGAGACUUUCCAUGCAAGCAGUGUGUUAGGACUUUUAUGUAUAGUCUUGUGUGCCUUUUCGUGGACUGGUAGUGUGUCUUGGAAGAACCUUUUGAACAAAAUAAAAACAAGCAAUUACUGAGGUUCCCCUGAUAUUAUCACCAGUUACAGUACCUCUAAGCGGAGAUAUGGCUUGAUUUGAUUACAGUAUUAGAAAGGUUAAGACUUGUAAUUUUGUGUUAUGCUACUAUGCUAUUUAUAAGACAAAGUAUUUGUUUUGCAUGUUGUCCCUGACACUUUUUUCUAAGCACAAUUACUGUGCUCAGCUAAGGAGAGAGAGCUGGAGCGUAAAGGUUGCGUCUCUAAUUUAGAGCGCUGAUGAGAAAAGUGACCCUGACUUUUAAAUAGAACACCAGCACCUCACCUGCCUGAGUCACACCAGAUUGCUUUUGCUAAGAGGAGCAUCUGCCUUCAGCACACAAGCACACCCCACCCACGCAGAUGUAGAAGACUUUACACUGCUUGCUUAGUGAGUAUUGCUUCAUUCUGAUUCGGCUCACACUGAGGCUUUUUCUAGCACACGUGACCGCCCUCCCAAAGCAUCUUAACAGUCGCGUCACGCGAAAAGCUAGCUAUACAGUGGCGCAAGUGGGGACACUUCAGGCUGAGGUGUAAGUUUCACACAUCUCCAUGUGCUACACAGACACACCUAAUCUUGCAUAUUUCUGCAUCCCAGCCUCUUAGCCACUUGAUGGAGACAUAACCUUCUGAUAUGAAUAUUUACCUUCAUUUUGAGCCAGGUCAGUGUACAAAAAUAGAAACGUAACAUUAAACAAUUUCUAAGAUUUUACUGAGUUACAGUUCAUAUAAGGAAAUCAGUCAAUUGAUAUAAAUUAAUUAGGCCCUAAUCUAUGGAUUUCACAUGACUGGGAAUACAGAUAUGCAUCUGUUGGUCACAGAUACAAUACAUGACCAAAAGUAUGUGGACACCUGCUCGUCGAACAUCUCAUUCCAAAAUCAUGGGCAUUAAUAUGGAGUUGGUCCCCCCUUUGCUGCUAUAACAGCCUCCACUCUUCUGGGGAAGGCUUUACACUAGAUGUUGGAACAUUGCUGCAGGGACUUGCUUCCAUUCAGCCACAAGAGCAUUAGUGAGGUCGGGCACUGAUGUUGGGUGAUUAGGCCUGGCUCGCAGUCAGCAUUCCAAUUCAUCCCAAAGGUGUACGAUGGGGUUGAGGUCAGGGCCCCAUGCAGGCCAGUCAAGUUCUUCCACACCAAUCUCGACAAACCAUUUCUGUAUGGACCUCGCUUUGUGCACGGGGCAUUGUCAUGCUGAAACAGGAAAGGGCCUUCCCCAAACUGUUGCCACAAAGUUGGAAGCACAGAAUCGUCUAUAAUGUCAUUGUAUGCUGUAGUGUUAAGAUUUCCCUUCACUUGAACUAAGGGGCCUAGCUCGAACCAUGAACAACAGCCAGAGAUCAUUAUUCCUCCUCCACCAAACUUUACAGUUGGCACUAUGCAUUAGGGCAGGUAGCAUUCUCCUGGCAUCUGCCAAACCCAGAUUUGUGCGUCGGACUGCCAGAUGGUGAAGCGUGAUUCAUCACUCCAGAGAACGCGUUUCCACUGCUCCAGAGUCCAAUGGCGGCGAGCUUUACACCACUCCAGCCGACGCUUGGCAUGUGCAUGGUGAUCUUAGGCUUGUGUGUGGCUGCUCAGCCAUGUAAACCCAUUUCAUGAAGCUCCCAACUAACAAUUAUUGUGCUGACGUUGCUUCCAGAGGCAGUUUGGAACUCGGUAAUGGGUGUUGCAACCGAGGACAGGCGAUUUUUACGCGAUUCAGCACUCGGCGGUCCCUUUCCGUGAGCUUGUGUGGGCUGCCACUUCGCAGCUGAGUUGUUGUUGCUCCUAGACGUUUCCACUUCACAAUAACAGCACUUACAGUUGACCUGGGGCAGCUAUAGCAGUUGUUGGAAAGAUGGCAUCCUAUGACGGUGCCACGUUAAAAGUCACUGAGCUCUUCAGUAAGGCCACUUUACUGCCAAUGCUUGUCUAUGGAGAUUGCAUGGCUGUGUGCUUGAUUUUAUACACCUGUCAGCAACGGGUGUGGCUGAAAUAGCUGAAUCCACUAAUGUUAAGGUGUGUCCACAUUAUUUUUAUACAAAAAAGGUAGGGGCGUGGAUCAUAAAAUCAGGCAGUAUCUGGUGUGACCACGAUUUUCCUCAUCCAGCUUGACACAUCUUCUUCGCAUAGAGUUGAUCAGGCUGUUGAUUGUGGCCUGUGGAAUGUUGUCCCACUCCUUUUCAAUGGCUGUGUGAAGUUGCUGGAUAUUGUCGGGAACUGGAACACUCUGUCGUACACGUCAAUCAAGAGCAUCCCAAACAUGCGCAAUGGGUGAAAUGUCUGGUGAGUAUGCAGGCCAUUUUCAGCUUCCAGGAAUUGUGUACAGAUCCUUGCGACAUGGGGCUGUGCAACAUGAAACAUGAGGUGAUGGCGGCGGAUGAAUGGCACGACAAUGGGCCUCAGGAUCUCGUCACGGUAUCUCUAUGCAUUCAAAUUGCCAUCAAUAAAAUGCAAUUGUGUUUGUUGUCCGUAUCUUAUGCCUGCCCCAUACCAUAACUCCACCGGCACCAUGGGGCACUCUGUUCACAACAUUGAUAUCAGCAAACCGCUCGCCCACACAAUGCCAUACACACUGUCUGCCAUCUACCUGGUACAUUUGAAACCGGCAUUCAUCUGAAGGGCACACUUCUCCAGCGUGCCAGUGGCCAUCGAAGGUGAGCAUUUGCCCACUGAAGUCGGUUACGACGCGGAACUGCAGUCAGGUAAAGACCCUGGUGAGGACGACGAGCACGCAGAUGAGCUUCCCUGAGACAGUUUCUGACAGUUUGUGCAGAAAUUCUUGGGUUGUGCAAACCCACAGUUUUAUCAGCUGUCUGGGUGGCUGGUCUCAGACAAUCCCACAGGUGAAGAAGCCGGAUGUGGAGGUCCUGGGCUGGCGUGGUUACACGCGGUGUGCGAUUUAAUGGCCGGUUGGACGUUCUACCAAAUUCUCUAAAACAACGUUGGAGGCGUCUUAUGUUAGAGCAAGGAACAUUAAAUUCUCUGGCAACAGCUCUGGUGGACAUAUCUGUAGUCAGCAUGCCAAUUGCACGCUCCCUGAAAACUUGAGACAUCUGUGACAAAACUACACAUUUUGUGGCCUUUUAUUGUCCCCAGCACAAGGUGCACCUGUGAAAUUAUAAUGCUGUUUAAUGAUCUUCUUGAUAUGCCACACCUGUCAGGUGGAUGGAUUAUCUUGGUGAAGGAGAAAUGCUCACUAACAGAGAUGUACACAAAUUUGUGCAAAACAUUUGUGCGUUUGUAAGAUUUCCAGGAUAUUUGAUUUCCGCUCAUGAACCAAAACUUUACAUGUUGCGUUUAUAUUUUUGUUCAGCAUAAUUAGUGAAAAUAGAACAUACAAUGAAAUCGAAUAAAAUGUUUAUAUCAGUUUUAUAUCACACAAUUUUGAUCUGAAAUAUUUUGGACAUCAGUGCAAUGUUGAGGGAAUCCUAUGUGAGUCAGAAAAGGAUACUCAUAUGAUAGGUAAGAUAUACAAAACAAUGCAGAGAGCCUAUCCAACUGACAAUCUCUUAGAAAAAAAUAUUAACUAUUGGAACCAAGACUUAAAAAUAACUGAUAUUGGCACAAGAUGGAGUAUUGGAACAUAACUAACACAAUUACAGUUAAUUACAGUUAGCUUAAUCCAGUAUAAACUAAUAUACAGAAUGUAUUAUACAACACAAAAUUCACAAAUUCGACAGCACAACUGCAGAGCCAUGUCUUAAGUGUAAAACUAUCAAUGACUCAAUAAUUCAUGCCUUCUGGGAGUGCUAUAAAGUCCAAAAGUGGUGAGAUACCCAAUGGGUUGGACUCUACUUUCUCAACAAUCAUUUUGAAAAAAAAUUUACUUAAAAACUGGAAAUCAAAUGAUCCUCCAUCGUUAAGACAGUGGAUGAAUCAAAUGCAUUAUUAUUAAAAUAUUGAAAGAAUGAGUGCUUCAGAGAGAAACAAAAUAGCACAAUUUGAAGCCAUAUGGGAUAAAGUAUUACAAGCACUAGAAAUAUCCAAAGGAUGAAAAAUUAGAUAAAAAAUAAAAAUAAAUAACAAACAAGAUGGGUAUGGAUACAGUGGGAUACAUGUUGGACUGAGCAAGUAUGAUGUCAUUAAUGUUUGUUGAAAUGUAUGUACGUCUGAAGCUAGGUUUCCAUCCAAUUGAUGACAUAUUUUCAUGCAAAUAUUCUGGAAAAAAAUAUGCAGAAAAAAAACAAUAUCUGCAUUUUCCCACCAGAGAUGUGUUACCUUCAAAUUGACUUGUUGCGGAUAAAAGGCUGUACGAGAUGAAGUAGUGCACACAAAAUGUACUUUUUCGCUUAAGUUUUCGUGUACCGCAUAAAAAUCUAAAGUUCAAUGUGUUUCCGUUUUCAACUCUACGGAUAGUUUUGUCACAAACUGUUGAGUUAAAUAGCAAAUGUGCCUACCAAUAUUUUGGUUAUGGAAAAUAUAUUUAACAGCGGUUUAGAUUGUACGAUGAUUCUCUACACUAUACUUGCUUGUUUUGUCUCAUAAACUAAAAUUAGGCGAAUUAUUAGAAUUUGAGCAACCAGGAAAUGGCGGAGCGAUUUCUGCAUAGUGCAUCUUUAAGUUGUCUAAUGUCUUUGUCUAUGUAUAAAAACCUAAAUAAAAUCGUACAUUAAAAUUUUUUGAAUGCUGUAUUCUGUAUGCUGAAACCUAAUAAAAUACAGGUACAUUUGAGAACCAGAGCAGUCGCUAUUACCUCCACUUAGAUGACAUAGUUAUGAUUGAUUGAAGUGGAGAGAGAAUAGUCUCCAUACUGUGCUAACACAGGAGAGACCUCAUGUUGCCCAACUAUUCCUCUAUCUAUCCACCCAUUCACUCUGCUGCUCCCAGGUGCCUGCCUGUCUGGCUGCUUCACUGACUCACACUAUAUAUAGCUGACAGCUAGGUGAGGAUGUUCCAGAGUACGGAGAGCUGUUGAGCAGCCAAGAUGGGAGGAGGGGAGGGGAUUUCCCCUGAGCAUGAUUAAUGAGGGUGGAGUCAUGGAUAUAAACAACAUUGACCUCCAGUCACACUCACACGAAGCCAGUGAGCCAGCGCUUUCUGUCUUAUGUCAUCCACCUCUACACACCUACAUACUAACCCACAUCUCUCCCUCUAAAUGUAGAGUAGAGGGCAUUUGAGUUCACGCUGUGUAAAUGUCCCCUCCCGCCCUCUCUCCCUCCUAGUGUUGCCUGCCUGUCUUUCUGCCUGCCUCCCAGUGUUGUCUGUCUACCAGCCUAUCUGUCUGCCUGUCUGCCAGCCGGGAAGGGAACGCUCUUAAAACCUUUACCUGCAGUGGGCUAAAUCAGGGUCGCACAGUGUUUCUUGAUAGUCUUAAACAAAUCUACGUUGAAACAAAAGUAUACAUCUCACACACAUGAUUAUGGGCUUUUAAAAAAAGAACACACCUGUACUAUGUCAGUUAUAGAGUUGGAAUGUAUUACAUUUUGAGUUUGCAUCCCAAUAUUACACUUUAUAUACAUCACAGAAGACGGAAAUAUAACAAAAGCAUUUGACAUAGAAACACAGGAUAAUAACAUUUUUAAUUAAUUAUGAAAUUAUGAAAAAUAUGAAUAACAUUCCGCCCAUAAGGCCACUAGGUCAUUCGACUGCAGGAAAGGACUACCCUCCAGUAACCCCUGGUUCAUUGUUUACGUUCUGAGUUGCUCCACGUGUGUGUUUGGCCCAUGUCUAUGGAGGAGAGGGGAUAUUCUGGGAAGAGGAGAAUCCCAAAGACACCCCCCCACCCCCUUCUAUGCCCUCUCUCCCUUUCUCCCUUUCUGUCCCUCAAUCCCUCGCUCCAUCUCUCCCAGCCCCACUGCAAGCGAAGCCCUCGGCUCAACCAUCAGUCUAUCUCCCCCUCCUUUCCUCUCUCUCUCAAUCUCUCUCUCUCUCUCUCACUCUCUCUCUCUAAUCUGAUGUGGAAGCAGGGGGUAUUGUUGAAUAAUUCAGAAGUAGUAUGAAUUUUUAAAGCCAUUCUUUAUUCCUGUUGGAGGCGUGCAGUGCAGAGAAAGGCCAUGGAGGCUGUUUCAGAGGAGCUGCUAAACUAAACGCUCAUUAGGAUUCACAGAACCAGCCUCUCUUAUCUACUAAAACUAGCCAUCAUGUUUUCCUUAAUUCCUACUUGUACGCCUUUCACUACUUUCGCUUUGUAGGGUUUUCAUGUGUAAUGUGGCAUGGCAUUACAUCGUUUCUUGUGUUGUUACAGACCUUCAAUAAUUUCAUAUUCCCAUGCACUGAAAAAUUCAUAGCCAUGGCAUCACAUGAUUUAUGCAUCAUAUGGUAUGAUACUAGCUUCAUAUCAUGUUAGCAACUUAACCCCUAUUUGGAGUGAAGUGCAGUAUGGUUGGGGCACUGGUACAGUAGUCUCUCUCUGAUAUACUGUAGGGAGUGCACAAUACAGUACAGUACAGUAUAACCUGCAUGUGGGUGAGCCGCGCCCCUACAGACACCCCCCUUCUAUGUUAACUACGGCUGUGCCCCCAGGCGUACCCUCCCCAUGAACCCCUCACCGAGUUCACCCUGCCAAAAAUGAAAAACAAUCUUCAAAAACCUGCCAAAUAAAGCUCUCCACAGCAACUGCGGCGAGUUCCGCACCAUUCUCUCCAAUGAGCAAUUCCCACAGAGAGGCCUUCUCUUCCUUCUGUUUCCUUCUCUUCCUUCUCCUCCCCUUCUUCUUCUUCUCCUCCUCUUCGCCCCCUUAGUAGCAGUCCCUGCGUUCCCCCUCUACUCUCGGCAGGCAGGCGCAGGGGCUAGGCUAGUGUUAAUGCCGCCUGUGAUGCGAGUUUGUGGUGGUUAGUGAGAUAGGCCCCAGCGGGCCGGCCCUCUGAUAGGCUAAGAGGAUUUUGGGGAGCUGGCCGCCCUGCCUUGCCUCACUUAUAUCACCCCUGUCAAUGGCUGUGUUGUGGCUGUGGCCUGGCGUGCUGUCAGAGGGCCACCCCGCAUGCUAUAGGUUAACAUGGGGGAAACGCUGAAAACAGGCCAUCUUUCUAUGCCAUCUGAACCAACUUCAUAUAGAGAGGUUUUGGCCUUGGAACUCCCUCAGAACCCCCUCAUUUCCCCUGCCCCGCUCCUCGGCCCUCUCUCUAAAUCUGCCUGGUCUCUAUGAGGAUUAAAGAGGCUUGGCGAGUUGCCAUAUGCUGGCAGUGUGAUAGUGCUACUUACAUCCUCAAUACUGUUUCAAUGCACUCCACAGGAGAUUCCCUAUUCAUUUAUAACCAUCUCUUGCUCUCUUUCUCUGUCCCUCUCUCCCUCUCGCUCUCUCUCUAACAGCUAACUCAGGGUCCCUGCAGGGCCCCCAGACCCCCCAGUCGUCAGGCAGCAGCUCCAUGGCAGAGAUGUCAGGUGAUCUGAAGCCUCCCACCACAGCCACAACCCCCCAGGGCCAGGGCCAGGGCCAGGUCACCCCCAUCCCAGUCAGCAGGUACACCAUGACCCCCUAUCAUUCAGGCAUAUUCACCCUCUGUACCUCAGUUAGUAGCUCGGUACAUAUGUGAAAGUGUCUAGGUCCUCACCUUUUACCCCCUGUACCUCUGUCUCCAGGAACAGUGUGGUAAGUGUGCAGGACCCAUUCUCUGAGGUGAGCGACCCGGCCUUCCAGAAGCGUAACUCUCUCCCCCCGGGGGGCCCUGGGGGACCAUACCAGCAGGGGGUCAACAUGCCCCCUGACAUGAUGAUGAGGAUGCAGUACGAGAAGGACCCCUUCGCUGGCAUGAGGAAGGGUGAGUAGACCAUGGACCCAGGCACUGGCACAGACUUACCACCAUGCAGUACACAGCAAUAAGCUGAUGAGUUGUACAAACAUGGCAGAUGCAGAGUGUUGUCCUGUGACUGGAACAUAAAGGUUUUGCCUUUAUGGCAUUUAUGAGUUCCUCUGAUGUCUUAGAAUGUCUCUUGUCCCAACUUCAUCUUUCUCUUUUUUGUCCUACAUUUCCACCCGUCUUUCCGAGCAACACCAGUUUUUACCUACUCAUUACUUGGUCACUCACCUCUGAGACCAGAGGAUGGUUAGAGUUUAGAAAUUGGCAUCUGAAAAAAGGUUGUGAGUGAAUAACAAAGCUUGAUUAGCAUCACAGCACAUUGCGGGGUCUCCUGAGCGUGCUGAUGAUUAUUAGUAGGAGACUAGUGCCACCUAGUGGAUGAACCAUUACACCAACAACACUAUAUACUGUGUUUCCAGUAUACUCUCCAUUCAAACUGUGUUCUUCUGGUCUCUCUACACAGUGGCAGGAGGGGAGUCCUACAUGCCAGGCCAGAUGCCCAGCGGUGGCAUGCAGGAGAUGUAUGGCAGGCCUCCAUCAGGUAUGGGCCAGCGUUCCCAGUACCCAUACGGACCAGGCUACGACAGGAGGUAAGCAGAGGGGUACUAGACACCUGAACUGAUCAGACAUAGUUUAGAAACUAAUGCUGCCUGGUUUAUGUUUUCAUGCAAACUGACCGCUUGACUGUCUGUCUUUCAGACCAGACCAUGUGAUAGGGAUGGAGGGGAGCAUGGGCCCCCCCGGGAGCCAGAGCAACAUGGGACCUUCCAACAGCGAGGGCAGCGUAUACUCUCCCAACAGAUACCCCUCCCAGCUUAGGUGAGGAACACAUCUUCAAAAUGGAACUGAAGAAAUGAUAUUUCUUACAGAGGGAAGUUCCCUGUCUUUUUAUCAGUUAAUGAUCACUUCCUUCUGUUAUUUCCUAUAGACAUGAUGGUUACGGGCAGCAGUACCCUGGAAUGCCAUAUGGAAUGCACCCAUCAGGGAUGUACCCACAACAACAGGUGAGAGACAUACACACUAAGGAGCUCAUUGAUCAGGCCUCAUGAUGCAGGCACAGCAGAGUAUAGUUGAAUGAUUGGUUUAGUAUUGAAUGUUUUUGGAAUAUAAGAAUCACCUUGAUAUCUUAUGCUUCUCCACAGGGUUACAAGCGCCCCAUGGAGGGCAUGUACGGCCCCCCAGGCAAGAGGCACGAGGGGGAGAUGUACGGCCCCCCAGGCAAGAGGCACGAGGGGGAGAUGUACGGCCCCACAGGCAAGAGGCACGAGGGGGAGAUGUAUGCCAUGCAGUACGGCAGCCAGCAGCCUGACAUGUACAACCAGUACAGCACUGGUUAUUCUGGUCCUGAGAGAAGGCCCAUGCAGGGCCAGUUCCCCUACCCCUCCCCCUAUAGCCGGGAGCGCAUGCAGGUCUCUGGCCAGGGGCAGCACCCCCAGCACCCCAUGGGUCCCCAGAUGAUGGCUGGGGGGCCACCCUCCAACAAUGGAGUGGAAGGACCCCAGGGGCCCAACAUGUGGCCCUCCAGGACAGACAUGGGUUAUCCCUACCCCAACAGACAGGGGGCGCCAUCCCAGGUACCGCCAUACUGUCCUAUGGGGAGAGGAGAUGAUAUGGAGGGCAGACCCAUCCAGGAUGGUCAGUGGCUCGGGCACGGAGGCCAUCGCCAGUCCUCCUACAUGUCAGGUGGUAUGACCCCCAUGUCCUCUCGCCAGCCCCCCUCUGCCUACCAGACCUCCCCCUCCAUGGCCAACCACCUGCCCCGAGCACCCAGCCCUGGCUCCUUCCAGCGUUCCAUGGAGGCACGGAUGUCCCCCAACAAAGCUGUCUUUAUGGGCUCCAUGAAGAUGCCAGGCAAACCGGGCAUGCCCAUGCCAGGGCAGGGUAGUGGGCACCCAGGCCAGGUCCCACCUAACCUGCGGAGAGACCUCAACUACCCUCUAGGAUCUGUAGAGGCCACCAUGCCCCUUCUCAAGCCCCGCCGCAAAAUUACCUCAAAGGACACUGGUAAGAGAUUACCAAGUCCUUCUAUUUACUGUCAUGGUCAAACCAGCACUGUUAUUAUCGUGAUGGUCUUGAUAUCUGUGACAGGUAUUACAACCGUCUCUCCUCUAACCCCUGUCCUCUCCACAGGAACCCCCGAGGCAUGGCGAGUGAUGAUGUCUCUGAAGUCAGGUCUGCUGGGUGAGAGUACCUGGGCCCUGGACACCAUCAACAUCCUGCUGUAUGAUGACAGCACUGUGGCCUCCUUCACCCUCGCACAGGUAACUGGAGACACUCUACACACUUUACUCUUCUCUUACUAUUGUUCUCAACCAUUCCAGGACUGAGUCUUGAUGUCAGUCUGAAAUGAUUUACAUUUAGUAGUGCUUGACAGUUCUCCACCCCAACACAAACCAACACAUCUUUAUCAGAUUACACUGUAAAUAUUAAGGGACGCUAAAGUGCUUUAAUACCAAAGCCCUAAUGUCAUUUGUUAUUUUGUCGUGUCUGCAGUUGCCUGGCUUCCUGGAGCUGAUAGUGGAGUACUUCAGACGCUGUGUGAUGGAGAUCUUUGGCAUCCUGGAGGAGUAUGAGAUAGGGACCAUCGGCCAGAAGACUCUCCUGGGGCCUAAACCCUGUAACCAGGGGGAGGAGCUGACCUCUGAACCUGAGAUAGACUGUGAGGCCAGCCAACCAGAGCCUGAGCCUGAGCAGGAGGUGGAGAGGGGGGAGGUAGAAAAGGGGGAGGACAAACCUUCUGACAUCACAGAGAAAAUGACAGUGGAAGUGAUGUCAUCCCCCAGUGCAACAGAACCAGCCCCUGAGGGAACGAAGGAGGAAUCUGAAGCCGAGGUGAAGGUAAAGAAGGAAGAGUGGGAGAAAGAACAGGAGGGAGAGAAAGAAAAAGGGGAAGAAGAAGGAGAGGGUGAAAAGCCCACAGAGAGUAAGGAAGCCAGAGCUGAAAGUAAGGAAGACUCUCCUAAUCAGUCUGUGUCAGAGCCAGAGCCAAGGCCACAACAGGCCAGCAAGUACGACAAGUUUCCCAUCAAGAUCCUGCACAAAGAGGACCUGAUUGAGGACAUGACAGAGCAGCUGGCUCACGUGACAGAGUUCACCAGCGGACUGCUCCACUGGCAGGCAGGCGGGGGGGAUUCCACGGCCCACAUCCAGACCCACUUUGAGUGCAAGGGGAGAGCAGCCUGACAGGACGGAGGGAGAGAGAGACGAAUGUGCCAUUCUGAAUAAAGAGCAGGAGACUGACUCAAGUACAGAGGAGAAGGGGAAGGGUAUCACCGCCACCAUAGAUGACAUACUGUGUGCCCGGCUCGAGGCUCUGUCAGAGGGCCACCCCACCCACUCUGCCCCCACCUACCCAUUCAGGCUGCACCAGGGCGGGGGCCACAAGCACAUCACCCUGCUGGAGGACGAGCCCCGCUGUCUGAACGAGGCUCCACUCUCCACAGCCUCUCCUUGGCAGGACUCCCUGGCAAAACGCUGCCUCUGUGUGUCCAACAUCCUCCGCAGCCUCUCCUUCAUCCCUGGGAACGACUCAGACAUGUCCCGCCACCCAGGCCUGGUGCUGAUCCUGGGCAGGCUGCUGCUGCUCCACCACCAGCACCCAGAGAGGAAGAGGACGCCCCCUAGCUACCAGAGAGAGGAGGUGCAGGAGUGGGGCCUGGCCUGCAGUAAGGAUGAGUGGUGGUGGGACUGUCUCACUAUACUCAGGGAGGACACCUUGGUCACCCUGGCUAACAUCUCUGGCCAGCUGGACCUUUCCCUCUACCCAGAGACCAUCUGCCUGCCCAUCCUGGACGGCCUGCUCCACUGGAUGGUGUGUCCCUCUGCUGAGGCCCAGGACCCAUUCCCCUUGGUCGCCCCCCAGUCCCCCCUAACCCCCCAGAGACUGGUGCUGGAGUGCCUCUGCAAGCUGAGCAUCCAGGACAACAACGUGGACCUGCUGCUGGCCACGCCACCCUUCAGCCGCCAGGAGAAGCUCUACGCCACCCUGGUGCGCUACGUGGGCCAGCGUAAGAACCAGGUGUACCGCGAGAUGGCUGUGGCCACCCUCUCCAACCUGGCGCAGGGGGACUCCACGGCGGCACGCGCCAUCGCAGUACAGAAAAGCAGCGUGGGUAACCUGAUGGGCUUCCUGGAGGAUGGGGUGAGCAUUGCCCAGUACCAGCAGAACCCCCACAGCCUGCUGUACAUGGCCCACCACCCCCCCAUGGAGCCCCCCAGUGUUAACAUGAUGUGUCGGGCUGCAAAGGCUCUUCUGGCUAUGGCCAAGGUGGAGGAGAACAGGCCAGAGUUUGUCUUGUACGAGGGCAGACUCCUGGACAUCUCCAUCUCCUCUGUGCUCAACCCGGGGGUAGCCAGCAUUGUAUGUGAAGUACUCUUUCAGUUUGUUAAAAAAUUAUGA